GAACUGACCUCUCGUCCACUGCCUCUCUCACGUCCCCUGACUACUCCAAGAGUUUCCAUUUGGAUGUUUCUGAAAAGGAGGGGUUCACAGUCUCUGUCCUUUUUCAGAAACAAGAGGGGGAGCGCAGGGUGCUGCUGUACCACUUCUCCAAGUUAGAUCACAUUGAAAUGGGCCAAACAACAUGCUCCAGUUACGUUGCUGCAGUAGCAAAAGCUAUUGAAAAAAAACAUCUCACCUCGUGAUAUCACCCUUCAAUCAGCCAACAUCCUUCAACCAGCACCUGCCCAAUUAGCUGAAAUCAUCGGAUUGACGCAGGCCCUCAUCAGAGGAAAAGGAAAGACUGUGAAUAUCUAUACAGACUCAGGCUAUGCCCAUGGAGCAGUCCACACUGAUGGACCCAGAACUUUUACGAGAAGCACAUAGCCACACACACAAAGGCAAACUAAGGACUUUACAGAAGGUGUCUCACAUCUGGGGGCACCCACACAUGAAAAUAUGACUGAUUUUUUAUUUAUUUUUAUUAUUUUAUUUUGUAUGACGAUGAUUUAUUUUAUGACGAAUGCAAUGUUUGUGACAGACACAACCCAUUGAAACCAUAUCAAACACCAAUGGGCCCAUACUUAGUACCUAAUGCAGGUUUUCAGGAUAUUAGUAUAGACCACACCGACAUGGGCCCCGAAAAUGUAUUCUAAAGAUAAACGCUAUCUCCUAGUUAUGAUAGAUAGGUUCUUCAAAUGGGUAGAAGCAAUACCAGCAGCGGAGGGGGAUGCUAGGUCAGUCGUUAAGUGGUUUUAACAAACAUUUGACAAAUGGCUCACAUUUCAAUAACAAACACCUGAGACAGGUGGAAGAAAGAUUUGGCAUAACACACAGAUUUGGUUCUGUGUACCACCCCCGAUCCCAAGGUCUCGUGAAACGCGCAGGUCAAAAGCUUAAAUCCAAAAUAGCUAAGGUAUAUGUGCCGGGUCGAAGUUGAAAUGGGUCGAAGCCCUGCCCCUGGCGUUGAUGGCCAUGAGAGCCUCACCAGGGUCAGGCACCCAUCUCUCUCCUCAUGAGAUAAUGGCUGGUAGAGUCAUGCCUGGUCCACCAAGGGAGGGAGGUCAUAUGCCCGCCCUUGAUGUACAACAAAUUGUAAUGUCUGAUUAUGUGAAAAAACUGACGGUUCUCUCUGCAGCACUCUCUACCCAGGUUCACAAGGUCCAGGAGAGAGAACUGCAGGAAGCUCCAGCACCACUGAAGGUAAAAGGUUGGAGACUGAGUAAGGGUCAAAGUCCACAAGAGAAAGUGGCUGGAACCCAGGUGGACUGGGCCGUACGAAGUGAAGGAGGUUACUUCACACUCAGUCCAGGUCAAAGGUAAAUUGGGCGCACCUUGGCACCACCUCACACAUUGUACACCAGCUCCAACUCCUUCCCGCACACUGACGGAAGUCAGAACUGACCUAAGUGGUCUACAUUCGGUCCCAAAUUCUACAUCUAUUUAGCCAGGGAAAAUGGGAGGUGCACCCCCAUACUCUCUGACUAAAUCACACUUUUCCCCCUGGGAACGUUUGGGGAUCUCGGGACCCCUGUUUGUUAUUUUUCUUCUCAUAGGAGGGGUCACUCUACUUACACUCACAUGGCUCAUAGACAAACAGAUGCACCCACUACCGAUUCACACACUGAAUUCUACUCUGCCAGGUGAAACUAACUCUCUCUCUCUUCCCUCUUAUCUACCACAAGACCAUACCGUUUCUAGACGUGAGGUGAGGGUCACUAAGUGCAACCCCCAGGAGUUGAAGAGCACCACCUUGUGUUUGCCUUUCAAUGCCACCACCACCGUUUACCUGCCUUGGGGCCUUUUGGGUCAUGCGCGAAAUAGUCUGGGGCUACCUGCCUGGACCUAUUCCAGUUUCAACUGGUAUAUAACCAAAGGGGGAUAUGGUGUGGGUGAUUUGGUGACCCGGAUACAGGCUGUGGACCCACAGUUUCUGCCUACCAGAACCAAGCGGGAAGCACCCCCGACUGGUGGGGAUCCCACAUAUAUUGAUGCCAUAGGUGUUCCUAGGGGGGUCCCUGAUGAGUACAAGCUGGUGGACCAGGUCGCCGCAGGUUUUGAAUCAGCUUUCUGCUGGUGGUGCACUGUUGAUAAAAAUGUUGACCGCAUUAACUAUAUACAUUUCAAUGUCCAAAAAUUAGGUAACUGGACUCAACAAAGCUUUGAGGCCGUGCAUGGUCAACUGGCUGCCACCUCCCUUAUGGCUUUUCAAAAUCGCAUUGCCGUUGACAUGUUGCUGGUUGAGAAGGGUGGGAUAUGUUUUAUGUUUGGGGAGCAAUGUUGCACAUUUAUCCCCAAUAACACAGCCUCUGAUGGCAGCCUCACUGUGGCGUUAGAAGGCCUGCGUACCCUUAAUGGUAAAAUGAAAUCCCACUCUGGGGUUGAUACCAGCAUGUGGGACUCCUGGAUGAAUGCAUUUGGUAAAUAUAAGGUCUUGGUCUCUUCUAUUCUGGUCUCUAUCUCUGUGUUUGUCACUAUAUUAACCCUCUGUGGCUGUUGUUGCAUCCCAUGUGCCCGCUCCCUGCUUUCUCGUGUUAUUACUUCUGCUAUUCCACCAAAUAAUGACCCUGCACUGAUGUUCCCCCUCCUACAACAGGAGGAUCCUCUGGUGGAGUUUGAAACAUGCACAUAUGAGUAGUUGUCACGUCUCUUUCGAGACGUGAAGAGGGGGACUAUAAAUUUGACUGGUUUUUAAUUCAUGUCACGUCUCUUAGGAGACGUGAAAAGGGGGAUUUGUAAUGAAGUGCUAUUUCCUAUGCAAAUGACCAGCUUACUGCUAUUGCAUUGCUAUAACUGAGAUAACACAUAGCAACGUAUUUUCACAGUAAAACAUGGUAGGGCCCAUACAGGAUAUCUCACACACACACACUCACUGAAA